CGCUUUUCCACCCCCCCCACCGGUUCCCUUUGCUGCAGGAGCAGCCGGUGCAUGGGCAGUGCACGGGCACCGGCAGGAGCACGCUGCGCCCCGGGACCGCGCGCCCCUCGGGAGUGGAGGAUGAGCCGGGAGCCCCGGCACGGAGCGCGGCACGCCACCACCGAGCGCAGCCCACCGCGGCGCUGAGGACCCACCGGCCGCGCCGAGGAGCCACGUCGGGUGGGUGGGUGCCCCCGGCAUGGACGGCCGUGACUUCGCUCCCCCGCCUCGGCUGCUGUCGGAACGGGGCAGCCUGGGCCACCGGCACGGCACGGGGCGCGUGGCGGGUUCGGCGCACGGUGCCGUGCAGCCCCCCGGACAUUUCCAGCCUACCAAGUACUUCCCUGCGCCCAUCUCCAUGGCCACGCACACAGCCGGCAGCAGCCUGAUGGGGAACGCGCCCACCUCCUCCUUCAUGGGGGGCUUCCUGAGCAGCAGCCUGGGCUCGGGGGCACCCAGCCACCCCGCCGGCCCCACCGCCUCCCCCCCAGAGCCAGCUUUCCGCGGACCCCACUCUGGCACCUCCCAGCUCUGGUUCUCGCAUUCCCACGAAGCUCCGGGGUACCCGCGCUUCUCUGGGAGCCUGGCCUCCACCUUUCUGCCCAUGAGCCACCUGGACCACCACGGCAACAGCAACGUUCUCUACGGCCAGCACCGCUUCUACGAGAGCCAGAAAGAUAACUUCUACCUGCGCAACCUGCCCGCCCAACCCGCCCUGCUCCCCACCGGCCACGGCUUCCCCGGUAUCACCCGCAGCGCUCCCGGGCCCCCCGCCGGCUCCUGCAGCCGGGAGCGAGAGGCUGGACCCCUGCCCAAGACCCCCAAGGACUACGACCGCUUCUUGGUAGGCAAGGAGAAAGUGGGCAAAGGGGACCCCAAGGAGCGGCUGCCGGAGGAGGACCCUAAAGAGCGGCACAAGGUGGUGCUGCCGGUGCCACCGGAGGGGCACUGCAAGGAGGGACUGCCACCCCGGGGCCCCGGUGACGGCCGCCCCAAGCACCUCGCCUCCUGCCUGCUGGGUGCCAAGGGACUGGAGGGCGAUGCCAGCCGUGCCGUGCUGCCCAGCUGCGCCGGCAACGCCCUGCCGCGCGCCACCCGCUGCACCGCCAAGGAGCCAUGCCGCAGCGAGCGGGAGCCGGGCAUCCCCGAGGUGCCCCAGCCCUACAGCGAGUGCGUGGAGCGACGGCAGAUGCUGCACCACGCCGUGUCCUACGCGGUGCCCACCGGGCCGGCCCCGCUCGGCCCCACUGCCGGCUCCUUCCCCUGCCUGCAGCUGCACGCCGGCCCCGAGGUGCUGUGCCCGCUGCCAGAGCCGGCCGGCCGGGAGCUGAAGCUGAGCGGGGCCACGCUCGUGCCCUCGGUCGGGCACCUCACGGACAAGAGCCGCUCCUUCCAGGUGGCGGCAGAAGCCGGUGGGCUGGAGCGCGGCGAGGGCAAGGAGCGGCACGCCGAGGCGGGGGCCGAGCCGCCAGCUGGGUACGGGGGACCCUUCCAGCACCCGCUGAAGACAGAGGGGUCAGCGGAGCGGCGGCUGGAGUGGGGGGCUCCCGGCACCCGGCUGAAGGGGCUGGAGUACCUGGGGGGGGGCACAGCUGAGGGGCCCCCCUUUGCUGGCCGGGGUCCGGCACCCAAGGGUGCUUUGGAGAAAGGUUAUUUCGAGGUGCCGCCGGUACCCGACUGUUCCCGUGCCGCCCGCCCCGACCCGCUGGGCGUCCGCGUCGGCCCCUCCUGCUGCACUUUAGAGAAGGGCCCCCCCAAGGACACUGCCCCUGCGCCGGCUCCCCAGAAAGUGGCACGGAUCCGGCACCAGCAGCACCCAGAGGUGGAGGCGGCCAGCACCGGCGCUGAGGGCAAGCGCAAGCCCCUGGAGCUGAGCGCCCUGGGCUAUGGCGGGCACCCCCUGCCCCCCUGGGGCGUGCAGGGCCAGGGCCCCCCCUUGGCUGUGCCGGAGGAGCGGAAGGGUUCCUACCUGGACCCCUUUGGCACGAGUCUGCAGCAGGCUGCGUUGAUGACUCAGGGUCCGGUGCUGGGCCAGGAGGUGCCAACCGCCCCGGAUGAGGUCUCGGCCAUGAAGAACCUGCUGAAAUACAGCAACCAGGCGCUGCUGGGGGGGCAGAAGGGCCCCCCUUUCGUGGGGCUGGGGAGCAUCAAGGGCAGCUGCGCCCACCAGGAUGCCAAAUUCCCCCCGGGAAAGGGGCAGACGGAGCUGGAACGGCCGGACUGCGCCCGCGGCCGAGAGCACGAUGCGUUGGCCACCGGCGAGAGUGAGGUGCGGCAACCGCCCGUUGGCAUCGCCGUGGCUGUGGCGCGGCAGAAGGAUACGCUCGGACGCCCUGAGCCAUCCUACGGCGGUGGCGGUAGCUCCGGGCGGCAGGGUCGGACAGCCGCUGGCAUCAAAGCGGGCACUGCGCGGCCCAUGCACCUCAUCGACCUGGAGGCAGAGGAGGAGCGGGGUCGGCUCUGCGAGGAGCGCCUGGGGCUGCCGGGGCGCGAGCUCCUUCUCCAGGACAACAAGGACCUGGUGGAGUUCGCCCGGAUGCACCCGUCGGGGGGCUGUCCCGGAGAGCUGACCCCCCACCUGAUGAUCGCUGGGGGCUCCUCGCUGCCGGCGGGACAGCUCGGGGGGGACCCCACCGCCCACACCCACCCGGCACACACGCACUGGCUGCCUCGCACCCGCAGCCCUUCCAUCUGGAUGGGGGGACAUUCCUAUGGCAUCAGCCACCCCGCACUGCACCAGAAUCUGCCGCCCACCUUCCCGGCAUCCAUGCCCAGCACCAUGCAGCCCGUCUUCCCCCUUGCCCAGGACCCCCCCGCCCAGCUCGUCAUCCUGCCCACCGAGCCCCCCGCCCACGGCACCCCCCACACGCUGGCCGACGUGAUGGACCAGGCGUCACUGUGGCCCCCGAUGUACCCGGGCCGUGGCCCCAGCGCCCACCUGCAGCACACGGGGCAGCUGCCCGUCUACUCGCGCUCCCAGUUCCUGCGACAACAGGAGCUCUACGCCCUGCAGCAGCAGCAGCGGGCAGCCCAGGCCCUCGAGAUCCAGCGCCAGGCGCACGUCCAGCGGAAGCCGGAGGAGCAACCCCUGGAGCUGGAGGAAGGGGGCCCCGAGAAGCCCCUCAAACCUUCCCACAAAGCAGUUGCCUUAAACCCCCCGGCCAAGGGCUUGUCCUCGGCGGCCCCCGGGCCCCCCAAGCUGUCCCCUUGCUGCCACUCUCCGGCCCUGCGGCACCCGGCCAAGUGCCCCGUGGCCCUUCCCGCGGCUCCCUGCACUUUACCGGUCUGCCCCACCGCCAACUCUGCCGUGGCUCCCCGCUCUCCGGCUGACAGCCCCCUCCCCGUCCAGAGCAAGGGCAGUGACGGCGAGGAAAAGCGCGGAGAGGGGCAGCCGCCCCGCGACUACCCCAAAUCCCUGGAGCCAGACCUGCCCCCCGGCUACAGAUACCCUGCCGCUGGCAUGGGCUUCUCCGAGGCGCACUCCGCCGAGCCGGCCGACCCCGACACUAUGCACCCCAGCUCGCCACCGGCCGAGCCCGAGCAGUCCCGGACCUUCAGCCCCGCUGCGGAGGUGCUGCGAGAGACGGAGCCGUUGGCUGGGGACGUGAUGGCCGAGGGUGCCGGCGUGCUGCUGCAUCGCCACCACCUCCUCCUCGCCCCAGGACCCGGCUGCGGGGAGCGGGAGCCCAGCCCGGCUGCAGGGACCACCGAGGAGCGGGUGCCGGUGGCCUUCGGGGUGUGCCGGGAGGCAGCUCAGGGAGCACCGGAGCAGAGCCCGCCGGAGCAGCAGCACCCGGUGCCCAUGGCGGGGGCCUCCCCGCUGCCUGCUGCCACCGAGGAGGAGGAGGAGGUGGAGGAAGAAGGCGACAGCAACGACGACUCGGAGCAGGAGGGCAGCUGUGAGGAGGAGGAGGAGGAAGAGGAGGAAGAAGAGGAGGAGGAUGGCGACAGCCCCAGUGGGCGGCAGGGCUGCCUGGGUGGGCUGGAGGCACUGAUCGCCGCCGGCAUCGACCUGGGGGAGCUGCCAGCGCUGGGGUCACCCCAGGAGCCCCCUCCAGCCCCCCCAUCACUCGCCUCCCACGCCUCAGGGAUCCCCGGCAUCGCCCUGCUCAGCGAGCUCGCCGACCUGGAGCUGCGCCAGCGCCGCUGCGACCUGGCCCUGGAAGCAGGGGAGGACGAGGACCUCCUGGCCUUCAACCUGCAGAACCUGGCCACGGUGGCAGCCGCUUGGUCGCUGGUGGAGGCGGCAAGCCGGGAGGGCAGCCCCCCUGCGCUCAGCCCCCUGCCCCCAUCUCCGCCACCCCGCGCCCGUGUGCCGCGCCGCAAGUACACCUGGACACCCAAAACCAAGGCUGUUUGCCCCCUGAAGGCGGCCAUCGAGCAGCUCAACACGCAGGAGGUGGAGGUGCGGAUGCGGCUGGCUGAGCUCCAGCGCCGCUACAAGGAGAAGCAGCGGGAGCUGGUGAAGCUGCAGAGGCGCCACGACCACGAGCGUGACGAGAGCUCCCGGAGCCCGGCGCGGCGCGGCCCGGGGCGGCCGAGGAAGCGCAAGCACUCCAGCACGCUGGGCAGGGCCGAGAGCCGCAAGGUCAAGCCCAUUUGCAUAAAUCCUCCGAGCGAGUCCAAACACGCUUGGAGCGCGUGUGCGCGUGCGAGCCCCGGCCCCCCCCUUCGGGCGGUGAAGACCAGCCUGUCCCUGCUGUGUGCCGAGCUGCGGGGCGACCCUGAGCCCAAGAAGAAGAGGAGCAAGCUGGCGGAGUUUGGCAGCCUCAAGGGAUCCCCGGAAAAGGUGCGGUGCAAGAAGAGUGGCUCGCAGGGCAAGCUGGCCUGCAAGGUGGCUCACAAGGUGUCACAGCUGAAACAGAAGGUGAAGAGCAAAGGGCUGCCCGCCGGCAUCAGCCCCUUCCGCCGGAAAGACCCCAACCCCAGCGGCCGCAUCCAGAAGAAGCUGUCCCGUCCCAAGAGCUCCAAAGCCACCAAGUACCAGACGCAGGACCCUGAAUCCCACCAGGCAGUGGGCUUCAAAGAUGAUCACGAUGGGGACACAGACAGUGAGGACGGUGACGAUGAGCCAGGCUUGUCCCUGCUGCCCUCGGUGCCGGUGGCUGUGCUUGGACCCUCUCCAUCCUCCGUGGUAAAGAUGGAGGCCAACGAAAAGGCAAAGAAGAAGAAGGAAAGGCAGGGACUGCUAGGGCCCUGCCACCUUGGCAGCCCCGAGGGCGAGGUGAAGAUCAAGCGGAGGGCCAUGAAGCCGGGGACUGGCAAGCUGGAGAAGGUGCCGGUGCGGCGGAAGGCGGGCGCCUGCGAGGAGGGUGGCAAGAAGAAGCUGAAGGCCAAGCCCAAGGAGAGCCUCCGGCCGCUGGCUACCAGCGGCCCCAGCACCCCAGCCACCGCCGGCAGCCUCUUUGCCGGCACCGACCCCCGGCACUUCGGAACGAGGGAUGAGGGGGCUCGCUUGGCCAGCGAGAGGCUGAAGAAGGCCACGCGCAAGAGCAAGGUGCUGCAGUCAGCCCUGAGGAGAAAGAACGGGGCUCUCUCGCUGGCCCUCUCGCCCCGGAGCACCAAGACUAUCCUGAGCAAGGGCAAAAAGCUGGCUAAGGUGAAAAGCAAAGUGGCCACCAAGCAGUGCAAGGGCCGGGCGGUCAGCAAGCUGCUAGAGAGCUUCACCGUGGAGGACGACUUCGACUUUGAUGACAACAGCAGCUUCUCAGAGGAGGAGGAGGAAGGAGGGGGCUGCCUGGCGGGGGUGGCACGGGGGGGACGCCGCUCCCCACUGCCCCACGCCUGUGCCAUCCAGAAAGAGGAUCUGCGGGAUGGGUUACACAUCCUCAUUCCCAAGGAGGACAGCUUGCUCUACGCAGGCAGCGUCCGCACCAUCCAGCCCCCCGAUAUCUACAGCAUCAUCAUUGAGGGCGAACGGGGGAACCGGCAGCGCAUUUACUCGCAGGAGCAGCUGUUGCAGGAGGCGGUCCUUGAUAUCCGGCCCCAGUCGCGACGCAGCCUCCCCCCAGGAACUCGUGUCUGCGCCUACUGGAGCCAGAAAUCCCGGUGCCUCUAUCCUGGGAACGUGGUGCGAGGCUCCUCCAGCGAUGAGGAGGACGACCCCGAGGCGGUGAUGGUGGAGUUUGAUGAUGGGGACACAGGACACAUUGCCGUCUCCAACAUCCGCCUGCUGCCCCCCGACUUCAAGAUCCAAUGCACCGAACCGUCCCCGGCGCUCCUGGUCUCCAGUUCGUGUCGGAGGACGAAGCGGUCGUGUGGAGAUGUGUCCACCCCCAGCGAACUGCCCCCCAGCCUCUGCCCGGACCGCCACGACAACCCCGAGCACCCCAAGAACUCGGGCAAGAAGGCAGCUGGCAAGGAGAAAAGUGGCAAAGCUGCGGAGGUGCUGUCGGGUGGCAAAGCACCGGUGCUGAGCGACCCCUUCCUGGGGCGGCGCGGUGGGCCGCUGCUGAGCUGGUCGGCGGUGGCGCAGACGAAGCGGAAGGCAGUGAGCAAGGGCACGUCCGUGCUGCAAAACCUCUUCCAGGUCAAUGGCAGCACCAAGAAGCUGCGGGCCAAAGAGGCCAUCUUCCCCGUGCACCACCACCACCACCUCGCCGCUCCCGUCUUCGGCAACGGCUUCGGGGCUGACUCUUUCAGCCGCAUCGCCAGCUCCUACGCCUCUUUCGGGGCAGGGGCUGGGCUGGUGCUGCCGGCUGCCCAGAAACUCCUGCGCUCCAAGAAAGCUGAGCGGUUGGAGGCAGAAAUGGGCAAAAGCGGCCGGAGAAAGGCAGGCAGCGAGUACCUGGUUAAGCUGGACCACGAAGGGGUGACGUCCCCCAAGAAUAAGAACUGCAAGGCCCUGCUGCUGGCAGAGAAGGACUUUGGGGCCAAGCUGGAGCGGCCGCUGGCCAGCCACGGCUAUUCCCACGCAGCCCUGGCAGGCAAGGACAGGAAGGGGCGAGCGCCCGUGCACCAGCUGCCCGUGGGGCUGGCGCUGCGGAAAUACUCAGGCCAAGCCGAGUUCACCCUGAACUGCGACAGCGACUGCCACAGCUCCUACUCGGACAUGGAUGAGGAUGAGGAGACGGGCGGGCUGGGUGCCGAUGUGCCCUCACGCUUUAUGACCCGCCUCUCGGUUUCCUCUUCUUCCUCGGGUUCUUCCACCUCCUCCAGCUCGGGCUCCAUCUCCACCUCCAGUCUCUGCUCCUCUGACAAUGAGGAUUCCUCCUACAGCUCUGAGGACGAGGACUCCACGCUGCUGCUCCAGACUUGCCUCUCCCACCCUGUGCCGGCGCUGCUGGCACAGCCGGAUGCCCUACGCUCUAAGAGUGGCGCGCCGCAGCGCUGCUUCCUCACCAAGGCCGCCGCCGCUGGCCCCAAGGCCAAGCUCAAGCGCAAGGAAGCCCUCAGCUUCUCCAAAGCCAAAGAGUUCUCCCGGAGGCAGCGCCUGCCCUCGGUGGAAAACCGGCCAAAGAUCUCCGCCUUCCUGCCCGCGCGCCAGCUCUGGAGGUGGUCGGGGAACCCCACGCAGCGGCGAGGCAUGAAGGGCAAGGCGCGGAAGCUGUUCUACAAGGCCAUUGUGCGGGGCAAGGAGACACUGCGCAUCGGGGACUGCGCCGUCUUCCUCUCGGCCGGGCGGCCCAACCUGCCCUACAUCGGGCGCAUCGAGAGCAUGUGGGAGUCGUGGGGCAGCAACAUGGUAGUCAAGGUCAAGUGGUUCUACCACCCCGAGGAAACCAAGCUGGGCAAGCGGCAGAGCGACGGCAAGAACGCCUUGUACCAGUCAUGCCACGAGGAUGAGAACGACGUUCAGACCAUCUCCCACAAGUGCCAGGUGGUGGGACGCGAGCACUACGAGCAGAUGACCCGCAACAAGAAAUACCAGGACCGACAGGACCUCUACUACCUGGCGGGGACCUACGACCCCACCACGGGCCGUCUGGUGACCGCUGACGGGGUGCCCAUCCUCUGCUGACCCCCCCAAAACCCCACCCUGGGUGCCAGGAGGAGGGGGGACAUGGGGAUGGACAGCCGCCCCCCCAAAAAUAAACCCCGCGCAGCACCCCCUUCCGUCGCGGGGCGUUUAUGCAAAGCUUGGGGUGGGCAGGGAAGGCGCGGGGUGGGCAUCCCGGGGAGGUUUAGGGGGGCACAAAAAAAAGGGGGGGGGCUCCCCUACAAGCCAUACUUUCCCUAGUACCUCUGACUGUUUGCCAGCAGGUAAAGCAGAAAUCAGGUGUGUUGUUCUAUUUAUUUUGCGUGUAAAUAUUGUAUUUCUUCCGGGAAGUUUUAUGGAAAACGGAUAAACCGACAAAAAAAGACAAAAUAAGAAAAAU